CUUGCUGGCCCGCCCUCCCUCCCCCUCGGCCCGCUCUCCUCACCCCCACCCCUCUCCUGUCCUCCGCCUGGCGGCCCGGCUCGCGGUGCGGCGCGACGAUCGCGGCCUGGCGAUCAGGGCACGGUGGUCGUGGCGCUCGAGGGUGGCGCGCAAGGCGCGGGGCGCGAGGCCAGACCUGGCGCAGCGGGGCGUGGGGGCGGGCAGCGGCGGAGUCCCCAGAGGAGAGCAGGGGCAGGGGGGUGCCGAGGCAAGUGAGACACGGGAUCUAAGGGAGCAGCGAUGGCAGUGUUUCUGGAGGCCAAGAAUGCCCAUUCUGUCCUGAAACGGUUCCCUCGUGCCAAUGAAUUCCUGGAGGAGCUGCGCCAGGGUACCAUCGAGCGAGAGUGCAUGGAGGAGGUCUGCAGCUAUGAGGAGGUCAAGGAGGUGUUUGAGGACAAAGAGAAAACGAUGGAGUUCUGGAAGGGGUACCCGAAUGCAGUCUACUCAGUUCGAGACCCUACACAAAGCCCAGAUGCCAUGUAUGUGGUCGUUCCCCUUCUGGGGGUGGCGUUGCUGAUUGUCAUUGCCUUGUUCAUCAUCUGGAGGUGCCAGCUGCAGAAAGCCACACGACAUCACCCCUCGUAUGCUCAGAACCGGUACCUAGCCAGUCGCGCAGGGCACAGCCUCCCCCGGGUCAUGGUGUACCGGGGCACUGUGCAUAGCCAGGGGGAGUCCUCUGCGCACCGUGAGGCAGGGAGCUAUCCUCAGGUGGUGCUGGGGCCUAGUCGAGGGGGCAGAACCACGGUCCGCCUUGAGAGCACCCUCUACCUCCCUGAGCUCUCUCUCUCCAGGCUGUCCAGUGCCACCCCUCCCCCAUCCUACGAGGAGGUAACUGCACCCCAGGAGAGCAGCAGUGAGGAGGCAAGUGUCUCUUACAGUGACCCACCCCCAAAGUAUGAGGAGAUAGUGGCCACCAACCCUGGCUCAGACAAGUAGUAGAACUCAUGUCCUGUCCAGUAUGAAAGCCUCUUUCAGGGGUCUCUUAUUUUAUUUUUAACUUCUUAAAGACUGUGCCACCACAAAACAGCCUUAGCCUCCUUGUUGCCAAAUAAUUUCCUAACCGUGGAUUUGUAGGAAGUCAGUUGUCAGAGACAGGUGGAGGGGGGUAGGGAACACACCUGCGUCAAAGCCCCUGGGGAGAGCUACAGUCCAGAGAGUCCAGCUCUUCCAGAAGCUCCCAUGCUCCUGCCAUGCUGUCCUCUCAUCAGGAACUGGCUUCUCUUAUGCCAAAGGUAUUACACCAUUGAGUUGAUUGUGGCCAGAAUGUCCAUAGGCUCAGGCCCUGGGGCUGUGCAGCUGGCUGGAGACCUGUCUGUGUUUGGAUGCCUAGGCCACAGAGAUGAGGGAGAGAAGCUAGCCCUUCAGCAACACCCUUUCCUCAACAGUCCUGUGCUUUCUGUCCUUGCUUACAUUUUGAGGACAGGGACAGGACUGAACAAAAAACAAAAACAGUAAUAACAAAUAAAUGACCAACACAAUAAAACAAAACAAUAUAAUGGGCCAUUUAUAGGUGACUGGGGGAAGUCAGCUCUGUGAUACUCCCCUGCCCCAACAUCUGCCCCGACUCCAGAUUUUUAAAAGGAAUAUCUAGAGCAAGCCGGAAGGAGGGCAGGGUGUGUGAAGGAUGAGAGGCAGGGGCCCGGCUGCCAGAUUGAACACGAGGCCCACAUGAACUUUGCCAUCCUGGGGGCUAGCUCUGCUUCUAGUGUGCUUGGCCUCCUGAAGACCUUGGCUUUCCAGAUGUGUACUGGCUGUGCUAAAACUGC